ACGACAGGGUCUGCCAGUUGAAAAAACGGCAGAAUGAAAUUUGAACCGAUGAUCGCAUCCGAACUCUAGGAGAUGAGAUCAUGACCGAGACCAACACGACUACCGCCAAGACGGCUUCCAAAGCACGCACUUCCAAGGCCAAGGCUGCACCGGCUGGUGUGACUUUCCCGGACUUUGAAGCUUUCGCUCUUCCGAAAAUGGAAGUUCCGGCAGCGUUUCGCGAAGCCACCGAGCAAGGCAUCGAAAGCGCGCGCGAUACUUAUGCCAAGGUAAAGACCGCUGCUGAAGACGCGACCGACCUGAUGGAAGACACAUUCGAAACUUCCCGCCAGGGCGUUGUCGAAUUCAACCACAGGGCUGUCGACGCAGCGAAAACCAAUGCAGACGCGACCUUCAACUUCAUCAAGGACAUCUUGUCCGUGAAGACAGUUGCCGAGGCAAUCGAGCUGCAAUCCACUUUUGCACGUCAGCAAUUCGACGCUCUGAGCAGCCAGACCAAGGAAAUGCAGGAACUGGCUACCAAGCUCGGAACCGAUGUUUCCGCUCCGGUCAAGGAAGCAAUGGAAAAAUCCUUCAAGGGUCUGAGCGUCAACUGACCUUUCAGGACC